AUGGACGCUGACUAUCAUUCGCUUCCCUGGGAGCACACUGAUGAAGGACCCGACGACUCUGUUUCCCACCUCAAGACCUCACUCAUCGGCAACUCGGUCACGAUUCCCAUCUCCAAGGGGAAAUUUGUGCUCGGCACCUGGCAAGGUAUAUAUCUGGCGGAAUUCAGGCAUAGCGGAGCGGGAUGGGGCGGUAGAGGAUCAGGAAGAAAGGUUGUUGCGACCAUCCUCCCAUGA